AUGGCGGCGGCUGAAACUGAUCGUGAAGUACCGUCCGCUCUGUGUAGCGAAUUCCUAAAUUUUUCUGCCAAGGACACCGUUGCGAAAUGGCUGCAGGCAACCGACCUGCCCAAAGAGGUCUACCAGCACCUGGCUGGCUAUGUGCCUAAGAUCUACUGCCUCGGACCCAACCUGAACCCCACGAGCGAGGACCUGCUCGCCCAGCUGCUGCUGCAGGCACCUUUGGAGUGGUACCUGUGCGGUGAGGAUCCCUUGGUGGGCCUGGCCAAGCUGGAGAAAAACAACCAGCCUUCUCAGCUCUGUGGCCACGUCUUUAAAGUGGGGGAACCCACGUACUCCUGCAGGGAAUGUGCAGCAGACCCAACCUGUGUACUGUGCAUGCAGUGCUUUUUAGGCAGUGUGCACAAAGAGCACCGCUACAGGAUGACUACCUCUGGAGGAGGGGGCUUCUGUGACUGUGGUGACACAGAGGCCUGGAAAAAGGGCCCUUACUGUCAGAAACAUGAGCCCAACAUCUGUGACUCCUCCCAGGAGGAUCCACUUGCCAACCUCUCUGCAGACAUGAUUGCUCGCACGUACAACAUCUUUUCUAUCAUGCUGAAAUAUGCUGUGGACAUGCUCACCUGGGACAAGGAGGACGAGCUUCCUCAUGGCCUUGAGCCACCGGAGCGUGGGGACACCUAUUACUGCAUGCUCUUUAAUGAUGAGGUGCACACCUACGAGCAGGUCAUCUACACGCUACAGAAAGCGGUCAACUGCACGCAGAAAGAGGCAGUCAGCUUCGCUACCACAGUGGACAGAGAUGGUAGGAAGUCUGUGCGCUAUGGCGAUUUUCAGUUCUGUGAACAGGCCAAGUCUGUUAUUGUGCGGAACACGAGUCGUCAGUCUAAGCCCCUGCGGGUUCAGGUCAUGCACUCCUCAGUGGUGGCCCACCAGUGCUUCGCUCUGAAGGCCCUCACCUGGUUCAGCCACGUCAUCAGAUACUCAGAUGCCCUGAGGAGAAUCCUGUGUCAGGUGGGCCUACAGAGAGGCCCUGAAGGAGACAACUCCCUCGUGGACACACUGAUGCUGUGCGACUCCAAAAUGUGGAAAGGUGCAAGGAAUGUUUACCACCAGCUGUAUAUGAGCAGUCUGCUCAUGGAUCUGAAGUAUAAGAAACUGUUUGCUAUUCAGUUUGCAAAGAAUUACCAGCGCCUCCAGACAGAUUUUAUGGAGGACGAUCACGAGCGCUUAGUGUCAGUGACUUCUCUGUCUGUCCAACUCUUCACCGUCCCCACCAUGGCACGAAUGCUGAUCACAGAGGAAAAUCUGAUGACCACCAUCAUCCGCACUUUUGUGGAUCACCUGAGGCACCGGGACCUGCAGGGUCGCUUCCAGUUUGAGCGCUACACUGCACAGCAGGCGUUCAAGUUUCGCCGGGUCCAAAGCCUUAUAGGAGACCUCAAAUAUGUCCUGAUCAGCCGCCCAACAGAGUGGACCAACAGACUCAGGGAAAAGUUUCUGGAAGGACUCGAGGCAUUCUUGGAACUGCUCAAGUGUAUGCAGGGUAUGGACCCGGUAGUGCGACAGGUGGGUCAGCACAUUGAGAUGGAGCCAGAAUGGGAGGCCGCCUUCACGCUGCAGAUGAAGCUCACGCACAUCAUCUCAAUGAUUCAGGAGUGGUGUGCUAGUGAUGACAGGGUGCUGAUUGAAGCCUAUAAGAAGUGCCUGACGGUGCUCACUCACUGCCACAGUGGCUUUGCCGAUGGGGAGCAGCCAAUCACUUUGAGCAUGUGUGGUCACUCAGUGGACACCAUCCGCUACUGCAUCUCCCAGGAGAAAGUUAGCAUCCACCUACCAGUGUCCAGACUCCUGGCAGGGCUUCAUGUUCUCCUUAGCAAGACAGAAGUUGCUUACAGGUUCCCUGAACAGCUACCUCUGAGCGAACUGAGCCCCCCUAUGCUGAUCGAGCACCCACUUCGCUGCCUGGUUCUCUGCGCUCAGGUGCACGCUGGAAUGUGGAGGAGAAACGGCUUCUCCUUAGUCAAUCAGAUCUACUACUACCACAAUGUGAAGUGUAGAGUGGAGAUGUUCGAUAAGGACCUCAUGAUGCUACAGGUGGCAGCCUCCAUGAUGGAUCCCAACCACUUCCUGAUGAUUAUGCUGAGUCGCUUUGAGCUCUUUCACAUCUUCAGCUCAGCAGACUGCAGGAAGCGAUACAACAGGGAGAGUGCAAACAAGGACGUGGUCCAGCAGAACAGCACGUUGAUCGAAGAGGUGCUACACCUCAUCAUGAUGGUUGUGGGUGAGCGGUUCGUGGCCGGCAUCGGACAGGUGGAAAGCUGCGAGGAGCUAAAGAGAGAGAUCAUUCAUCAGCUGUGCAUUCGGCCCAUGGCCCACAGUGAGCUGGUCAAAGCUCUGCCCGAGAACGAGAACAAGGAGACAGGGAUGGAGAAAGUCAUUGACAGUGUUGCUUCAUUUAAGAAGCCGGGAGUGACCGGCCGAGGGCUGUACGAACUGCGGCCAGAAUGUGCCAAGCACUUCAAUCUCUACUUCCACCAUUACUCCCGAGCGGAUCAGUCCAAGGCGGAAGAAGCCCAGCGGAAGCUUAAGAGGCAGAACGGCGAGGACUCUGCCCUCCUGCCGCCCUCGCUGCCUCAACUCUGCCCGCUGUUCGCCAGCCUGGUCAACAUCCUGCAGUGUGAUGUGCUGCUCGGCAUGCUGGGAGCUGUGCUGCAGUGGGCCAUGGAGCCCAGCGGAGGACACUGGUCCGAGUCCAUGCUGCAGCGGGUGCUGCACCUGAUAGGCAUGGCCCUGCUGGAGGAGCAGCAACAGUUGGAGAGCACCCUUGACGACAACGAGGUCACAUUCAGCUUCACCCUCAAAAUCUCCCGCCCCGGCGAGGCUCCCAGCACCAGUCCCAGCAUCCUGGCUGUGUUGGAGACCCUGCAGAACGCUCCUCACCUGGAAGUGCAUAAAGACAUGAUCCGGUGGAUACUGAAGACGGUAGUGAGCAUUAAAACCAUGCGGGAGCGCACAGCUGCUGCCCCUCCCCCUGAACGAGCUGGAGGCUGGCAAGAAGAGAUGGUGCGGGAUAAAGACAAAGCGGAGAGGAAGAGGAAGGCGGAGAUGGCCAGACUGCGGCGGGAGAAGAUCAUGGCUCAGAUGUCGGAGAUGCAGAAACACUUUAUCAACGAGAACAAGGAGCUGUUCCAGCAAAGCUUAGAGGAGCUGGAUGCCUCUACCUCUGCAUCACUAGAGCACAGCCCUAGCUCGUGGGACAGUGUUCUGGUGUGCGUGGGGCCUCGACGGUGGCGCGGCGGCCGAGGCGAGCGGAGGCAGGUGGUGACGUGCAUCCUGUGUCAGGAAGAGCAGGAGAUCAGGGCAGAUGGCAGAGCCAUGGUGCUCGCGGCCUUUGUCCAGCGCUCCACCGUCAUGUCCAAAAACCGCAAGAGACCCCCUCAUGACCCCGAGAGCUACGACCCCAUCUUUAUGCACCCUGACCUGAGCUUCGGCACACAUACCGGCAGCUGUGGGCACAUCAUGCACUCCCACUGCUGGCAGAGGUACUUUGAGGCAGUCCAGGCCAAGGAGCAGCGCAGGCAGCAGAGGCUGCGGGUGCACACUAGUUACGACGUGGAGAAUGGAGAGUUCUUAUGUCCACUCUGCGAGUGUCUCAGUAACACAGUAAUUCCUCUCCUGCCCCUCACCAAAACCUCCUGCAGUAAUGGUGAACAGCCAGGUCUGGUGCAGUGGCUGAAUACUACCUCCCAGCAGAUCAAAGCCUUGCACUCUGCUCACAGAAAGGCCAAGCCCACAAGUGUUGCAGUGGCUGGCCAGAGUGAGGGAGUGGAGGCUCCCCCUCCCCCCGAGGGCUUCAGACCGGACCACACGCCGAUCAACCCUUAUUCGAGCUCCAUAAAGGAGAUGUUGACCACCUUUGGAACAGCCACGUAUAAGGUCGGCCUUAAGGUGCACCCUAACGAGCAGGACCCGCGCGUGCCUAUCAUGUGCUGGACCAGCUGUGCCUACACCAUCCAGUCCGUAGAGAGACUACUGGUAGACGAGCAGAAGCCUUUGUUUGGAAGUUUACCUUGCAGACAGGAUGACUGUUUGAGUUCACUGGCCCGGUUUGGGUCUGCAUGCUGGACCGUCUCCUCUCUCGCCACUGUACAGAGUCACUUUAUUCGACUAUUAGCAGCCCUUCUUCCUGAUCCCCAGGUGGAAAACUCUCGCUGCAUUCUAGAUGUGGACAUGUUCCACCUGCUGGUAAGUCUAGUGCUGUCCUACCCAGCGGUGCACUGCCAAGACUCGUCCGGUCUGAGUACUGAUAUAGCAGAGCUACAUCUCCUCCACCUGGUUACCGUGGCUCACCUGGUCCAGAUCCUCCUCACUUCCAUUCCAGUGGAGCUGACCAUGGAGCAGGAGAGUGGAGGUGUGGAGCAUGAAGAGGAGAGUGUCUGUCUCCUCUACAACACACUCAGGUCUCAUAUAGGCAGCUGCGUGUAUGAGGUGAGCUCAGGCUGGCAUCUCUGGCGCGCUGUAAAGGCGGGCAUUCUGCCUUUCCUGAGGGGGGCAGCGCUGUUCUUCCAUCAUCUCCACGGAGUCCCCACUCCACCUGAGCUCAACGCUCCAGGUGCAAGUGAGUGGGAGGUGUUAUGUGCGUAUCUUUCCCUGCCUUCCAACCUCCUGCAGCUCUUCUACAGUUACCAGGAAGUCCUAGAGCCUCUGCUUCAGGGGUGGUGCUCUCACCCCAGCAUGCGACAGUGCCUCCAGUCUCCUGAAACCCUUAUAAGUUUUCCCAGAGAGUCUAAUAAGUUGAUCGAGCUGCCCGAGGACUACAGUGCUCUGAUUAACCAAGCCUCCAGCUUCACCUGCCCCAAGUCAGGCGGGGAUAAGUCACGCGCCCCGACCCUGUGCCUGGUGUGCGGUGCUCUGCUGUGCUCCCAGAGCUACUGCUGUCAGACCGAGCUGGAGGGGGAGGACGUGGGAGCGUGCACCGCGCACACCUUUGCCUGCGGAGCCGGCGUCGGCAUUUUCCUCAGGGUGAGGGAGAGUCAGGUCCUGUUCCUGGCUGGGAAGACUAAGGGCUGUUUCUACGCGCCACCGUACCUAGAUGACUAUGGAGAGACCGACCAAGGGCUAAGACGGGGGAACCCGUUGCACUUGUGCCGGGAGCGCUACAGAAAGAUCCAGAAGCUCUGGCGCCAGCACAGCAUCACAGAGGAGAUUGGUCACGCCCAGGAAGCAAACCAGACUCUGGUUGGCAUCGACUGGCAACACCUGUGAUGCUGUGUCCAUUUCUGGAUUUGCCCCGCCAAACACAGCCCCUAGCCUCACUGAGGAUAUGUGCUAUUACAGCAGAGGUUACCGUAGCAACGCUGCCUCUUGCACACUCCUUUCUUCCCUUCCUCUGUUUUCUUUGCUUGAGUGGAUGAAUGCAUGACUUUCUGUUCGGGAGGCGACAAUUGCCUCCCACUUUCUGUCUCAGUUGACAUAAAGACAUUUAAAAAGAUUUCUAUAUAUAUAGCCAAGGUGUUUAACUGCAAAGUGAUGAUGGGUUCUUUUGCAACAGCAGUUCUCAGAGUAACUCCUUAGUAGAAAUGCUAUUUAAGUUUUGUCUGUUCCAGAUGGUAUUAAAUUAUUUUUAAGCUAGUCAAAUAUUGGUUUAUUUAGUUGUCAGAUUGCUUUAAUAUGAAAGAAAUCUGGUGUUCUCUUUGAAGCAAGCACAAUGUUCCUCAAUGACCCUGGGGUCUCAAUAGUAGCCAUAAUAUAAUGGCGCCAUCUUCAGGCCAUCUAGUCUACUCCUUCACUUCUUGUUUCUGGUCUCUGCAAUAUCUUUCGCAAGGGCAUCAAGCUACACAAUGCACAGUGAAGCGAAUGCAAGCCAACACAAGGAAAUUUGGGAGCACAAGUGUUGCAAGUCUGUAUCCUGUGAAUGUCUGGACGUGUGUGUGUGUGCGCGUGUGUGUGUGUGUUUGGGUGCAUCUGCUGAGAGGUUGUGUUUUUAUGCGUGUGUAUGUGGGGCCGGGGAGUUUCUAGUGUGAUGGAUUUUUGUGGUUGUCUGAAUUUGAUAUUUUUUCAAGACCAGUUUUUCAUCCCAUUUUUGUAAUGUUAUUUAUGUGUAAGUUGUGGGGGUGAACCAUGUCAUCAUGGCUGGCCUUUUCGAAAACAUUUGAAUUUUGCUUUUGUGAUUGAGGAAGCAUUACAUCUUUUUGAUUAACUGAUGUGUGUGCAGUAUCUUCUACAAGAUAUAGAUUUUUGACCUGCAGUUGCAGAAUUGUUUGGAGAGUCAUAUAUUUAGUCCACAUGUUGACAAAUCUGGAAGAUGUGUGUGUUUAUCAUACACAUCAUAGGCUCAUAGUGGAUAGACCCUGGAUAAGCCCACCUUGGACACUCGGCCACUUCUCAACAUCAGGUUGCACAAAGUAAUUGCACAGAUAAUACUAGCAGUUAGUAUGAAUAGCAUAUAAAGGUGCUUUUUUCUGAUUUAGUAGAAGCUCCCUUAAGUAGUUGCAAUGAAUUUUGGAUGAAAUUCCCCACAAAUGGGGUGGGGGUGGAUGGGGGGCAGAGUUAAAUAAAUUUAUGUUUCAAUUCCUUUUCCUUGUGUAAGAAAUGCCUUUCUUAUUGACAUUGCUAAAUAUUUGUUUUAUUUUUUGAAUAUUUCAAUUACGAUUUCCCCUUAAGACCUCAAAUAUGAGUUGAUGGCAGGUUGGCGUUAUGCACGCCACGGUGCGCGCGAGGACCAAUUGUACUGAAUGCGGUCCGUAGUGCGUCCUCCUGAUGUCGCGGUCAUCAUGGCUCCCCAAAAAGCUUGUUGGCCACAGUGGAAGCAGUGGCCGGGAUUCCUGCCGGCUACCUUCACACUCACACAGGGUGUCGUAAUGAAUCUGGAGACUGUCAACCUGAUGUCGAGACGUGGUGCAGCGUCCGUUCGUCAGCGUGUACAUGCGCAAAUACACAGUCACACACGUUCACAAAGUCUCGGCGGUGUCGUGCCGAAUUUCCAUUCCUCUCACAGUAAGCAUGUUUACCAACACUUCAAGUGUUGCGAUUGCACCAAUAUGACAUCAAAGACUUGUUAAUAUGUGAAUUAUUGUAUAAAUGGGUACAUUGUACAAUAUUGUAAAACAAAAAUGAAAUAAAUAAGAAAAAGUGA